GACAUCAAACACGUUCGAUCUGGCAACCCAAAUACUUUCGGUUUCAAUCAUGGCGUUUAUUGCGGCUUAGUUUACUAUUUUGCUGCUUAAACGGGUCUCAGCGACGAUAAAAGACAUCAUGAGUAAAAUUCCCAAGAUGAAAGUAGCUGAAGGUGCACUGCCAGACAGGCCUCCUGUAAAGAGAAAACGCAGGAGUAGCAUUUUGGAACCGCCUUCUAUGAGAAUUAUCAUAUGUGGAAGCUCUGGUCAUCAUCAGUUCUCUGUCACUGAGUCGAUCCUGCAGAGAAAGGUGUUUCACGAUGAUAAAGACACUAAACUAACUACUAAAACCUCUGGGAAGAUCCUUGAAAGAAAUGUGACACUGAUUAACACCCCAAAUCUUAUUGAUCAUGAUUUAUUUCACUACAUGUCAAAAAAAGAGCUGAAGAAGGCGGUCUGUUUCUCCUGUCCAGGGCCACACGCCGUCCUGUUUACACUAAACCCGUCUGAGAUCCCACCGAAUGUGAACGACGUUUUUAAACAGUUAGUGAAGUACUUUGGAGAUAAAAUCUUAAAGAACACAAUGGUGGUUUUGUACCAUGAAGAACAGCAGUUGACCAAGCAGAUUGAAGACAGUGUGAAGAAAAAUAAACACUUAAAUGAGCUUCUUAACAACUGCGGCCAAAGAUGCCUCUUCUUCAGCAGAACGAAGAACACGAGUGGUGGUGACGUUACAAUGGAGCUGUUUGAGAAAAUAGACAAGAUGGUGGAAGAUCAUGGGAUUUUUUCUAAUCCAGAGUUUGAAGAUGCUGAAAAACGAAUCAUGAAAGAAGAAAAAAUCCUCCAAGAUCAGAGAAAGAAGGAGGUCAAUGCAAUGGUGGAGGAACUGAAGAAAAAGUAUUCUCGGGAUGAGCUGGAACGGGAAAUUGAGCAGUAUAAAGAAAAGAUCAGGUUAGAGAACAGGGAAAAGGCAGAGAUGCUGAUCGCAGACAGACUCGGCUUUACUCUCAGACUUGUCGAUUAUGCAGCGGCUGUAGGGAAAGGAGCGUUUGCAGGGACAAUAUUAGCGGGGGCGAUGGGGUAUCCGGGUAUGGCCGUAGGAGCAGCGGUCGGUGCAGUACUGGGUGGUAUGUUAGGUGGUUUUUUUGGAGCAGUUUGGAACAUUAUCAGUGAUGCUUUAUCAGAUUUCGGUAGACAUGCAACUUACACUUAAUCGUAGAAAUGCACUUUUAUCAUCAGCAGGUUUGAUGAUUAAUAAGGCAGGUCUUUUUAUACAGAUGAGCUAUUUGAGAGAUUGGUGGUAAAACCUUAAACUAUACCACUGUAUAAAUCCAAUGUUUUAUCCUUUGCACAGUUUUGCAUCACUUAAUGUAUGUGCAGCUUUCAGGUUCGUAUUGCUUUUACAUGUCGGUGUUUUGUCAGUUUAUUACCUUUGCUUAUUUUGCACAAAUAAACCACACAAUCACUGACAAUCCUCACUGCAAACAAUCACAUAAAAUGUAUAGUUAGAAAUCAAGAAGAAGCCAAUCCAAGUGCAGAUGAAAUGAAGGGAAUACAAUUGAGGGAACAAAAAAACAAUAGGAAGUAUAAAGAUGAGCAGAAGUUGUGCAGCACCUCGGCACCUCAGUGUGUAAACGUGCAAAAUGUACAAAACUUCCAAACCAAGAAAACAAAUGAAAGCCAGAGAUAGGAAGGUCUCUUAUUUAAGAUAUAAACAUUAAAAAAAAAGGUGUCUAACACAUAAAGAAGUCCACAUGGCCAGUAUUUAAAUCUUACAAUUUAUCGAGCUUUCAACAAAUGAUCUCUGGUCACAUUUUACACUCAUUAUGUGGCAGGACGCACACUAAUGGUCCUAUUGUCUAGGAAACAUUCACAUGUUUCAGCUGGGACACUUUUUUUGUAAUGUAAUGGUACUGUAUGUAGCAUGCAUGUUUACCUGGGUGUGUAUUAGCUUUAAGUUGUUAUCGGUUUGUGCAGCCGAACAAUCGUUUGUCUCUUUAAUUUUUUAUUUUUUUUUAUUCAAUUUCAUAAUUGGACCAUUGGACCAUUCUAGUAUUUUUAAUUUUUGUAUAUUUUAUACUAUUUUAUUCACAUUUUUCUUUUAUUGUCAAUGAUUUUUUUCUAUUCACUGAUAGCACAGAAAUGUUUGAUUAAAUGAUUAUUAUAUAUAA